AUGUCCACUUCUAAAGAAACCGAUCGAGGUACAAAAGUCAUUAAAGGCGAGAAGAGCAAAAGUAGCCAGUUUACUCAGCGUAAUACCCUUGCCAGCCUUUUGAAUCGUGCCAUCAAAUUUCGUAAAUCACGCUAUGUUGAUCAUAAACUAGAAGCUUUCAAGCAAAAAUUCGCACCUGUCAACGGUACCACUGGCAUUGUGCAUGCUUCUUCCAGUUUUUCUGCUUAUGGCAAUGACGGUGGUGGUGAAGACUAUCUAGGAGAGAAAAUAGAUGCUAAUGGAUUCGAACGACCUUCUAAAGUACUUUUUAACAAGAAAAAAUUGAACACAGCCUGGAAGGAAAUUUAUCCUGUAGGAUCAGGUCUGAAAGAUCUUGGUAAUCUGUCAGCACUCAACGCAGUUUUACAAGCCCUUACCUAUACGCCGGCCUUAGCGAACUAUUUAAUGGACAGAACACAUAGCUCAAACUGCACCAUGCAGGACUAUUGCUUCGUUUGUGCUUUAGAAGAUCAUGUAAGAGCGGUACUGAAAGGCUCACCGUAUGCUAUUCAACCGCGCAGCUUUGCAGGAAAAUUAAAAAAAUUGUCCAAAGGUUCACCAAAAGAUGCUUUCAACGUUUAUCGUUUUUUUGUUGAACAGAUUCAAGAAUUUUUGUUAUCAGAAAUGACUUCCAAGGAAAAGCGUGUUAAAGAAACCACAGCUCUAUACCAAUUAUUUGGUGGUUAUCUUCAGAAAAAGCUAGACUGCCCAGCUUGUAAUCAGCUCGAAAACAAUUAUGAUGCAUUGCUCGAUCUCAGCCUCAGUAUUAAUAGGGGAAAUUCGGUUGAACAAUGUCUCACUCACUACUUCAAACAAUUUAUAUCCGUGUCUGAUAAAGAGUGCAUACAUUGCGGACACAAAGGCUCAUUCAAGGGCAAACGGAGUAUUUAUAGAUCACCCAUGAAUCUAGUCAUUCAUUUACAACGGUUUGCAAAUGAUACGGAUGUCACAAAGAACAACAAAUACAUUAGGUUUGAAGAAACUUUGGAUAUUUCGCGUGUAAUAACAGAAACCGAGAAAGAGCAUACGAAUAGUAAAUAUCAUCUGUAUGCAGUAAUUACACAUACGGGCGAGACUUUCCACGGUGGCCACUACAUAGCGUAUGUGAAGAGUUCCAAUGGUAUUUGGCACUGUAUGGAUAAUGAAGUUGUACAAGUUGUGAGUUUGAAAAAACUGCUGGAGCAAAAGCCGUACAUGUUAUUUUAUCAUAUGCCCUCUGAGGCCAGCAGCAAAAAGUCAAAGAUUCCUGUAAAGACUGAAAACAACAACACACCUGAUGAAAAGCUAAAGUCUUUGGCCACAAAGGAUAAUACUUCUGAUUUUGAAGAAGAGAUUGCACCUAUAAAUACGCAAGAUAACGUAGAGCAACCAAGUGAAAUGUAUAAUGCAACCAUUAUAGCAGAUGAUGAUACUGACGAAGAGGAAAUGGAAGAAAAAGAUAGAUUACGUCAAGCAAUGGAGACUUCUUCGAGGAAGCAAAAGGUUGAAAACUUGAAUGCUAUUGUGGUUGAUCAGCGUGCAGACAUGAAAACGAAACGUGAGAAGUUGAAUGAACUAAUAGAGAAAGAAAAUGAACUAAGUAAAAGUGCACAAGUGAAAGAGGCCUUAUUAGCAAAAGCCUCUAACAUUCAGUUCCAGGAUGAUGUUGAUACUUGGGGAGAAGAUAUCGGCAGUUCAGUUGAAAAGCGAGAUGAAGUCCUUAAGAAGCUAAAGGGUAAGCGCAAGAAAGUUGAUACAUACAAUUUGGAGUACGAUCGAGGAAAAGUCAAGAAGGUGAAGAAAAAGCGUGAUGAGAAAUUCAACCAACCUAAUCUAUUUCAAAUGGCGGCUGAUAUGAAGGCCCAGCAACAACCCAAGCAGAAACAUAAAAAAAAAUAG